AUGGCUUUGGCUCUCGAAGGCGAUGGCAUGCAGGACUUGGAGCAUUGUGGCCCAGCGCCAGCAAAGAAGGCAAAGGCCCAGCCAAAGAGAAGGCAAUCUCGAGGCAGCAGCGCUGGUGGUGCAGGCGCACCCACCGAUGCAAGCCCCUGCGGGGAACCCCAAAAUGAUGACGCAGAAGAUGGGCCAAACAAGAAGUGCACAACUUGCAAGAAGAAGAAGCCCGUCUCAGAUUUUCACCAGCAGCAGGGGACAUGCAAGCCCUGCUGGAAUGCCAUUCGCGGACUGAAGCGCUUUGCCAAGGCGCAGGGCCAGGAGGUGUGGUUGAAGGCCCUGUCAGAAACAGAGCACACCGACUUGGUCAAGGCAUACAGCAAAGAACAUGAACGAGCCACAAAGGAGCGGAGCCGUGUCAAAUUUUCCAUAGCUGCGUACAAGGAAGCCACCGUGGAGCAAGAUGGGGUCCGUUUCGAGGCAAGGCGCCGACUCAUGACAGAAAAAGUCUUCAUAGAGCACGCCCAGACCACAGAAGGUGGCGACCUUACCAAGUCCCAAGCUGAGCAGAAGUGGCAAGAGAUGCUGGGCGACCCCAAGACCUUGAAAGUUGGAGAAGGCAAAGCAGUCAAGUGCGCCGUGGUCGUCUGCACAGACAUUGUGGAUUACAGCGACAUGGCAAACCGCCGCGAGGUUGAGAGGCAGCAGCGGCUGAGUGCCAAGAUGACCGAUGAAGAAUUUCGCGGCAAGGCAAAUGGUGUUGGGCAAGCUGAUGCGUUGGUGCUGUCCGGCCAGAGCUCGAACAAGCGCAUUGGAGACGCUGUUGCAGCCAGGGUAGGGUCCCUGUCUGCUGAUGACCAGGGAGCAGGUCAGAUUGACUUUGUGCCAGAUGACGUGCGUUGCCUCUCAGCAAAGCGUCCCAGGAAGGACCAGAACGAGGAGGAGGAUGCAGAGCCGCAUGCGGAAGAGCUUGUGGGAGAGAAAGGAGGGCCAAAGUCAAGUUGGUUUGAUGCAGCCCAGCAGAGUGCCAAGGCUUCCCGCAGCUUUGAGGACACGGUGCAGAAAUACGGGCAGAAAAUGCAGCAGCAGUCCAACGCCAUGAGGAACCAAAUUGAUUUGAGCAGAAGCUGCAACAGCAACUGCAAGACCGAGAUCAUGAUCUGCACCAACCGCCUGCAGUGCCUGAGUGAGAUUCUGGUGGGCACGGAGAAGUCCUUUGCAGAUUAUUGCGUUAAUCUUCGGCAGACCGCGUCGGCAAGGUGCAGUGUCAACUCAAGAGGCACCGCGAAUGAGUCAGCAGUUGGUCACCUGGGCACUCCAUGCAAGGACCACGAGUCCCUGUACACGUUGCAACAGUUCAAGCAGAUGGCCUCAGCCUUCGCCAAGGUGUCCAGCGAGGCUGAGCUGGGUGCGCUGUGGAAGAAGGUGAAAGGCAUCCUGGGGCACUGGGAUGAGCUGCUGGCAUCCUGCAAGGUGUCCGUGCAGGAGCUCAAGAAGGCUGACAAGGGAACGCCAGGUGCAAAGGCGACAGCAAAGAAGGGAGCAGCCGCGAAGAGAAAAGGCAAGGCUGGCGGCGGAAGUGCCUACCAGGCCUUCCAGUGUGUUCACAAUGUUGGCGGUUCCAGCCGGUGCAUUGCAGAUGGACACAAACUGCCGGAUUUCCACCCUCCGCACCAUCCUUUCAUCUUCAACGGGCCAAGGGCCUUGGCAGCAGCUUGCAACCCAGCAGACCCCAACUUGUCUGACGAGCAGAAGAGCUGCAGCGCGGCCAUCCAAGAGUUCAAGCAAAGCUUCGGCAAGAGCGACCUGCGCUUUGUCGCAGGAAAGGCUCAGCAGGUUUGUCCGCAGAGCUGUGAGCUCUACAUCCGCCAGGAGCUGUUUGGCCUUGUGGGCGUGCACAACACCCACGCUUUUGGCCAAGCUUUGCAAGCCACUCAUGUGACCCGCACCAAGUUUGCUGCCUUGAAGCAGGCCAUGGCGAGCAGCUGCUACGGUGUUAUCAAGGGACAUCGCUCCGUUCGGUUGGAAACAGCUGCAAUGGCCACCUUGCGGUUUGGAGCUGAGGGCCGCAGGGAGGUGGUGGUAGCCUUGGCGACAGACAUUGUCAACUUUCUUCGCAAUGAAGAGAAGCAGCAAAGACCAGCUGAUGCAGAAGAGGCUGAGCCCAUCACGACCAAUGGCUUCCAGUUACUUUAUGAUGUUCUCAUAGAUGCGCCAAGGUAUGUGCCGGCAGGAAUGGUGGUCGCUGAAGCGCAAAGCGAGGACACGGACGGCAUUGGCUUGAAGCUUCACAUCAUUGCCGAGCAAGACACGGACGGGCGCGAGGCGUUGCAAGAGAUGCAGAAGGAGAGCCGUGCCAUUGGCAAGCAGUCACCAGCCAUGGAUGACUUGCUCAGCUUGCUGGAGCAGCGCCAGAAAGAGCAAGAGCAGGGAAGCUAG